CCCCGUGACAGGUGUGCAGGUCAUCAGACACCCCAUCAUGGUCCUGGUUUCUACCAUGUCUGCUGUGCCUGGGCCCCUUUCGCCCCCUAGCUCUGCCAUCAACAGCAGCCAGGAGGAGCUACUGGAUGACCGAGACCCGCUGUUAGUCCGGGCUGAACUGGCCUUGCUAUCUACAAUUUUUGUGGCUGUGGCCUUGAGCAAUGGCCUAGUACUGGGGGCCCUAAUACGACGGGGCCGGCGUGGACGCUGGGCACCCAUGCAUGUCUUCAUCAGUCAUUUGUGCCUAGCUGACCUGGCUGUGGCUCUAUUUCAAGUGCUCCCCCAGCUGGCUUGGGACGCCACUGACCGCUUCCAUGGCCCUGAUGCCCUUUGUCGGGCCGUCAAGUACCUGCAAAUGGUGGGCAUGUAUGCCUCCUCCUACAUGAUUCUGGCCAUGACACUAGAUCGCCACCGUGCCAUCUGCCGCCCUAUGCUGGCAUACCGCCAUGGAGGUGGGGCUCGCUGGAAUAGGCCAGUGCUGGUGGCCUGGGCCUUCUCACUCCUUCUCAGCCUGCCUCAGCUCUUCAUCUUUGCUCAACGUGAUGUUGGAAAUGGCAGUGGGGUGUUUGAUUGCUGGGCCCGAUUUGCAGAGCCAUGGGGCCUUCGUGCCUAUGUCACCUGGAUCGCUUUGAUGGUGUUUGUGGCACCUGCCCUAGGCAUUGCUGCCUGCCAGGUUCUUAUCUUCCGGGAGAUACAUGCCAGUCUGGUGCCAGGGCCAUCUGAGAGGGCAGGGAGGCGCCGCAGAGGGCACCGGACAGGAAGUCCCAGCGAGGGAGCCCAUGUAUCCGCAGCCAUGACAAAGACCGUGAGGAUGACACUGGUGAUUGUGAUUGUCUACGUGCUGUGCUGGGCACCCUUCUUCCUUGUGCAGUUGUGGGCAGCGUGGGAUCCAGAAGCUCCUCUGGAAAGACCCCCCUUUGUGUUGCUCAUGCUGCUGGCUAGCCUUAACAGCUGUACCAACCCCUGGAUCUAUGCUUCCUUCAGUAGCAGUGUCUCCUCGGAGUUGCGUAGCCUGCUUUGCUGUGCUCAGAGGCACACCACACACAGCCUGGGUCCUCAAGAUGAGUCCUGUGCCACAGCCAGCUCCUCUCUGACGAAGGAUACACCCUCCUGA